AUGACAACAUUACUGGUAUCAUUGGAUAGACGCCCAAAAUUCAUUUGGAAUGGGCGCAUUUGGGCUGGGUUUGCGAUAGGGUCAGGUAUCAAUCUAUGGGUUGAUCAUCCUGGUUGUUUAUGUUUUGCUCCUCACCUUAACCAAUAUCCAAAAACAAAACAACGAAUGAACGAAUUUGUAGAAAUGGUGAAUUCCUUGCCUCCAGAUGCGCAAGUGGCUAUCAUCGUAUACGAUGGAUUUCUAGCAGGAAUGCAAGACAUCCUUCUACCAGCCUUUCAAUCCAUUGGUUCAACUAGGUUUCAAGAAGCUCAACACUAUCAAAAGUAUUGUAUGGUUGGUCGAAAGGGUGGUAGUGCCCUCGAAUCCUUUGGAGACGACCCUUUAAACAAAGGAGAGGUAAGAGUCGAAACCAACGCCACCUCUAUCCAAACAUCAAAGACAUCGUACUACGAUGAUUUUGACUUUUCACAAUUGAUUAAAUAUAAUAAUAAUAAAUAA